AUGGCAUCUUUGCGCGAAGCUGUGGCCGCAGCGGGUUGCCUCUUGUGCCUGGCUGCCAGCCCGGCCAGCAACUGCAGCACUGGCACUGCCGGAUCGAUGCUGCUUCAAGGUCGGAUACACCGCUCAAUCUCUUGGGCAAAUGACUCGGCUCGGAUGCCGCCGAAUGAGAACUGCUGCGGGAGUGAUGCCGUGUGCAAUCAGUUGCAUGACCUGCCGUUUGACUACGAACAAGUUGGAAGUUUUACACGCAUGAAGUGCCCCAAUCGUGGAAGCGAUUGUGCAUUCGACCAUUGUGUCGGUGGUACUGGAGUGGACUGCGCUGGCGUGCCUUACGAUCUCGACUUUGGUGCCAUCGGCACGCUGUCAGUCAACCUUGUGGCGCCAAUAGACCAUGGCGAUGGAACCGUCACGCUGAAGACAAGUGUAGGAUCCAUCCUCCACGAUCUCUGCUGCAUGCAGCAUCAGUCUGGUGCUUUUUGCCACAGCAGCAACUACCCCAUCGGAGCGACCAUCAAUGCGCUUGGCAACACGAACAAUGCUUGCGCAUGUCUCAUGGAGUGGCGCAAAGCUGCUUGGAAUGUGCUACGAGGUCGUUACUGGUUGGCAACAUUUACGAAGGCUGCACAAAGCCAAGAUAUGACCCUUGUCCCGUCUUUGCAGCGCAAGUCUUACCUGCCCAAGGGCUCUGGCACGAACUACGAGAGCUACAAGAGCACAUGGGGCUUGACUGAAAGGAAAGCCACUUCUGUCCUGUGCGCACCAGAGGGCACGAGACUGGAUUGUCCUUCCGAGGACGACAACUGCAAGGUGCCUUGUGUCGGAACCUACUGCAAGGCUUGUGCCGUUGGAUGCGCGUCUCGGCAUCGAAAGCGAUGGAUGAAGAACGGUCGCGAUCAUCCUAAUGCUGGUGACUCUGAUUAUUGCUGCAGCGGACAGUUCAAGGAGGUUUACUGGUCACUUGCCAACACCCGCUAUGGCACCUGCGCUUAA